AUGAAGACCGUCGCUGCUUUGCUUGCUACACUGUCCCUGGCCUAUGCCCAGACGGCCACUGAGAAAGAGCCAUCUCUCUCGGAUAUUGAGGCUGCUGCUGCCACAGUCAAGCCUUACGCCCCUGUUUCCAAUGUCAAGGGUAUUGGGUUUGAUCGUUUUUUCCAAGUGUGGCUCGAGAACAUUGACUACGACAAGGCCGAAGAGGAUGAUAACAUGGAAUGGCUGGCCUCGCAAGGAAUCCUGUUGACAAACUACUAUGCUACCACCCAUCCUUCCGAGCCAAACUACUGUGCUUCAGCCGGAGGAGACACUUUUGGCAUGGACAACGAUGAUUUCCACCAGAUCCCAUCGAACGUCUCCACGAUCGCUGAUCUCUUGGAUACCAAGCACAUCGCGUGGGCCGAGUACCAAGAACACGAGCCCUACCCUGGCUACCAGGGAUACAACUAUUCCAACCAAGUCACUUAUGCCAAUGACUACAUGCGCAAGCACAACCCGUUGAUUCAGUACGACUCGGUGACCCAAAAUAGCACUCGCUUGCGUCAGAUCAAAAACUUCACUUCUUUUGAAGAUGACCUGGCCAACAAAAAGCUCCCUCAGUGGGCGUUUGUCACACCUAACAUGACCAACGACGCGCAUGACACCAACAUCACCUUUGCUGCUAAGUGGGAGCGCAACUGGAUCACACCCUUGCUCAACAACUCCUAUUUCAUGAACAACACCUUGGUUCUUCUGACAUUUGAUGAGGACGAAACCUAUCCAAAGGGCAACAAGAUCUUCAGUAUUCUCCUGGGAGGUGCUAUUCCCAACCAUCUCAAAGGUACCAAGGACGAUACCUUUUACACCCACUACUCCAUCAUCGCUACCAUGUCCGCCAACUGGGGUCUUCCAUCUCUGGGCCGCUGGGAUUGCGGUGCCAACAUCCUUGAAAUUGUGGCAAACAAAACUGGAUACAUAAACUACGAUGUGGACACCACCAACCUCCAUCUCAACGAGACCUAUCCUGGACCCUUGUCGAGCAAUACCUAUUCGAAGUUCUCGCCUGUGUGGCCCAACCCAUUGACUAACGCCACUUGCUCCGCCGGUCAUGGAAUCUUGGAUAUUGUCAAGAAAACUUACGCCGGUACCACACCAACAUACAAUUACACAAGCCCCUUCCCCUAUGACACGAAGAGCGACUACAAUGUCAAGGUUACUGCCAGCAAAAAUGGCUCAUCCAGCUCCACGAGCUCUUCUUCCUCGGCAUCCACCACUCCAAACGCUGGUGUUUCCUUGGGGGCUUCGACAUUCGGGGCCGUCACUGCUCUCUUGCUGGGCAUUGGGGCCAACUUCAUUUAG